CCCAAACGCGGUGGCGGGGGGAGGGAAGGGGCUGAGGGGAACGGCCUGAAAACAAACAUGGCGGCGACGCCGACCACCCUCCUCUUCACCAUCACCGCCACCCAUACCCGUGCUGAGGCUUCGGGCCACCCGAGGAUGACGGCAGCUGAGCAGGGGCGGCGGGGCCAACGCCAGUGACCCCCUCUCACUGUUCCCGGGCUCCCCUCCUUCCCCCGCCCGUCGACUGGGACAUGGCGACGGCGGCCGGGUCGGGGUUCAGGCCGGAGGAGGAGGAGGCUGAGCCGCCUAAGGAGGCCCGGAUUCCGGGCUCGGAAUUGGUGGAGAACUACACGGUGUAUAUUAUUCAGGUUACUGUUGGCAGCCAUCAGUGGACAGUCAAACAUCGCUACAGUGACUUCCAUGAUCUGCAUGAAAAGCUCAUUGCCGAAAAGAAGAUUGAUAAGAAUCUGCUUCCUCCUAAAAAGAUUAUUGGAAAAAAUUCCAAAAGUCUGGUGGAAAAGAGGCAGAAAGAAUUGGAAGUCUACUUACAGACUCUACUUACCAAGUUCCCUGUUGCUGCACCCAAAGUGUUAUCACACUUCUUGCAUUUUCAUUUAUAUGAAAUCAAUGGCAUUACAGCUGCCCUGGCUGAAGAACUUUUUCAUAAAGGUGAACAGCUCUUAGUGGCCGGAGAAGUUUUUACCCUUAGGCCGUUGCAGUUGUAUGCAAUUACUCAACAACUGCGUCAGGGUAAACCAACUUGUGCAAGCGGAGAUGCCAAAACUGACCUGGGCCACAUUCUGGAUUUCACAUGCCGACUCAAAUACCUAAAGGUAACUGGCACAGGGGGACCUUUUGGGACCAGCAACAUUCAGGAACAUCUCCUACCUUUUGACUUGUCAAUAUUUAAGUCUCUCCACCAGAUAGAGAUAAACCACUGUGAUGCUAAGCAUAUCAAAGGACUGACUUCAUCCAAACCCACUUUAGCUACAAUGACUGUUCGGUUUUCGGCAACCUCAAUGAAAGAAAUCAUUGUUCCUGAAGCAUCUGAAUUUGAUGAAUGGGAGCCAGAAGGAGCCCAGUUGAGUUGUCCUCUAAUUGCAGUUAUUCCAACUUGGAGAACUUUAACCACUCUGGAUAUGAGUCACAAUAGCAUCUCUCAAAUUGAUGAUUCUGUGAAACUAAUUCCAAAGAUUGAAUUCCUAGACCUGAGUCACAAUGGAGUACUGUUGGUGGAAAAUCUGCAGCAUCUGUACAACCUCAUUCACCUGGAUCUGUCAUACAACAAACUCACUUCAUUAGAAGGCGUUCAUACCAAACUGGGGAACAUCAAAACCUUGAAUUUAGCGGGAAAUCAUCUCGAUCGGCUGUGUGGCCUAAACAAGCUCUAUUCCUUGGUCAAUCUGGAUCUCAGUAACAACCAAGUAGAACAGAUCGAGGAGAUAAAAAACAUAGGAAGCCUUCCUUGUUUAGAAAGAGUGACUUUAUCCAACAAUCCUCUGAGCAUCAUUCCCGAUUACAGGACCAAAGUGCUAGCUCAGUUUGGGGAAAGGGCCUCAGAGGUCUGUUUGGAUAGUACUAUCACCACUGAGAAGGAACUUGACACAGUGGAGGUGUUGAAAGCUAUUCAGAAAGCAAAGGAGGCUAAGUCCAAACUGAAUACCUCUGAUAAGAAGAUCAGUGAGGACUCCAGGGUCACUGCUGCCAGCUCCAAGUCAAACUACUCUUCUCUUACUGUUCGUCCUUCUUCUUCCUCUCUGCCUCAUCCUGUCAGCCCCAGCCAAGAAAUAAUGUGUAGUAAAACAGCCCUAGCCAGCAGUUUAUCACCCUCUGAUAAUACGACUCCUAAACAUCAUUUAAUUACCCAGAGAUGCUCAGAAGUACCAGGCUCAGGACAUGGAAGAAAGGCAGCUUCUUCUGAAAUGGACCAUAAAAACGAAUCCGAAGCCGAUCGUCACACGUGUUUGAACCGAUCAGAGGAAGAACCUGAUGUGUUGUUGCCUGACCCCAGUAACACCAAUGUUUUGCCAUUCAGUUGUGUGUCCUACACAGCCGCCAACCAAGAUUUUCUCCAGCACCUCUCUGCCUUGAUAACCCAAACUGUGCAGAGACAGACACCCUCCUGUAGCGAGACUGAAAGCAAAGGAAACCCUGUGAGUAACUCGGAAACUGUCCACACCGAAGCUGGCUAUUUUGAAAUGGGACUUCACAAAGGUGAACCGACCGUAGAGUGGAGCCCUGCUUCCCACAGUGCCCCGGAAGCCUGUACUAGUACAGCCGUAGAGCACACUCCCAUACUCAAGGUCCUUUGGAGUUUUUCCCUUCAGGUUCACAAAGCAGUCCGGCAAUUUGCUGCCUGUUUGGUUUUGACGAACAGCGUAGUAGCUCUGUUUGAGAUUCCACGCCAAGCAUCGAAUGGAAACGGCCAACCUGUCUUUGCUGCCUUGAAGCUAGCUCUGUGUUUUCCUUUUGAAGACCUUACAGAGUUUGGGUUUCUGGUGCCGGAAGUCUGCUUAGCGCUCAGAGUGCGAAACAGCGAGAGCUGUUUAUUUGUACUUUCAGACGCUCCCAAUCUCCAAGAGUUUUACUCCUGUUUAUGUGUAUGUCGUUCCCAGUGCCGUACGUCUGGGUUCACAGAUUCCUCGUUCUACUGUGGCAAGGCAACCUUGCAGGAGUUUAUCGACCAACUUAUGGGAUUUUAUCACAUCCCUUCAGAUGACCCAGAAAUAAGGGGCUGCUUUCCCGCAUGUCUUUUCUAUAGCGAUCAAGGGGGCAGCCAGACCUCGGUGGGUCAGCAGGAAGCAGCUGGGGGGGAUGCAGCAUGGUCUAAGCAUGCCCUGUGUUCUGCCAUCUAUCCUACAUUUUACGAGUCAGCUGAACCAAGCCAGUGUGCAGCCCAUCCAUGCUGGAUGAUUCUGACCCCGCACCAUCUGCACAUCGUAGAAGCAGAUUUUACCGCACAGCCAGACAAAGUCAGAGAGACUGACGAUGCCAGGCGUCUCUUUAAGAUCAAGCGGAUUCCCCUGGCUUCAGUUCUUCUGCACCCAACCCGCCAUUCCAUUCAGCCAAAAGGCUCCUUCUGUGACGGACACGUGCUCGAGUUGCUGGUUGGAUACCGAUUUGUCACGGCAGUGUUUGUCCUCCCUCAUGAGAAAUUCCAUUUUCUGCGAACCUACAAUCUCUUGAGGACGUCCCUGCGGGACGCAAAGACGAUAAUCAUCUUCAAAGCUUCCAAACACUUGGAAUUGGUGAGAAACCACUUUUUGGAGGCCGGUAACCGACGUGGCCAAGCGAUAAGCUUUUGCAAGCCUCACUUGAGCCUGUCAUCCUUAUACCCGUCUGAAUUUCUGGUGCAGAAAAUGACUGAAAAUAACCAAGUUCCAGUUUAUCUGCCAGUGUCUUCAUCUCUUCAGUAUGUGGCUGGAUUAAGGGGGAGUGCCAUUGUUGAAUUUUUUCAUAACAAUGUGGCUGAGGUGGAAAACGAGGAGCUGAAGCAUAUGAUGUGGUCGUCGAUUUUAUUUUACAAAACUCCUGAUGUGGAAGUGACUGCCUGUGUGUUACUCACCACGAAAGCGGUGUACUUCCUGCUAGAUGAUUCUGUGAGUCACUGCAACGAGCAGCCAGCGGAUUUCUGGAAUCAAAGGAGCACUGACUAUGAAAAUAGCCCCUUUCAUCUUUCCCACUGCUUUGUGUUAAAACUCAACGAUUUACAAUCGGUCAAUGUUGGACUUUUUGAUCAAUAUUUUCGGAUUACUGGAUAUUCUGCAGAUCACAUUGUAACUUGUCUGACUCGAGAUAGUUACUGCACUCAUGCCUUCCUACAACAUCUCAUGGCUGUCCUCUCCUUGCUGGCCCGCACACCUUCACCAGAACCAGUAGAUAAGGAUUUUUAUUCUGAAUUUGGGAACAAGAAUACAGGGAAAAUGGACAACUAUGAACUAAUCCACUCCAGCAGAGUGAAGUUUAUUUAUCCUAAUGAAGAGGAAAUCGGGGACCUGGCUUUCAUUGUGGCCGAGAAGAUGGAGGGAUCAGCAGCCCUCCCAGCUCUCAAUAUCCUUCUGUACGUGUUGGCUUUCCAAGUGAAUCCCGGGCAAAAGACUGCCCAAGGCCACAGUUCCCUCGAGCCUAAAACUCUCAUUUUAACCAGUUCAGAUUUGUUCCUUUUUGACGAGGACCACAUCAGUUACCCACUUCCGGACUUUGCCAAGGAGCCACCACAGAGGGAUAAAUACCAGCUCACUGACGGCAGGAGAAUCCGGGACUUGGACCGAGUGCUUAUGGGCUAUCAGAUGUAUCCCCAGGCCCUUACCUUUGUGUUCGACAAUGUGCAGGACCAAGAUCUGAUGCGGAACCUGACCCUGGACCACUUCGGAGAUGAGCUCGGUGACCCCAGAGGAAACACAAAGGCCAGAGACGAUGGGAACCGAGAAGUCCAGUGGUAUAUCUUCAUCCCGAGUGCCGAGAGCCGGGAGAAGCUCAUCUCCCUGCUCGCCAGGCAGUGGGAGACACUGUGUGGGCGCGAGCUGCCGUUAGAGCUCACCGGCUAGUUUUCUUUGGCGGUUCAAAGGCCUGUGACCCUGUGGGCAGAGAACACACCUGCCAACUCUGUUAUAUUGGACCUCCCAAGCGCAUAGGACAGUGCUUGCAUACA